AUGGCGUCGCUGUACGCUCACAUCAGAACCAGACUGGAAGGGAUCAUCCUGACUUCACCAGCUGUGCGUGUAAAACCAGCGCAUCCGAUUGUUGGGGCCGUGGCACCGAUAUUCUCUCUGAUAGCACCCAAGUUCCAAUUCAAGGGAGCAAACAAGCGGGGCAUUCCGGUGUCUCGCGACCCCGCCGCGCUGCUGGCGAAGUACUCUGACCCACUGGUCUACACCGGGCCGAUCAGGGUCCGGACGGGCCAUGAGAUCCUGCGCAUAUCCUCCUACCUGCUGCACAACCUGAAGAAGGUGACUGUCCCGUUCAUGGUCCUGCAUGGCACCGCGGACCGGGUGACGGACCCGCUGGCCUCGCAGGAGCUCUACACGGAGGCCGCGUCGAGGCACAAGGACCUGAGGCUGUACGAGGGGUUCCUCCACGACCUGCUCUUCGAGCCCGAGCGCGACGAGAUCGCCGCCGACAUCAUCGGGUGGAUGGACCGGACGCUCGGUCUGCAGGCUGUAUGA